CAGUUGACAGCCAGACAUUGCUUUUUGUAAACAACGGUUCGCCGGUGGUUCCUCGCUUGAGUCUGAAUUUUUAAUCGAAACAUGGGUGACCAAAUUACAUUGGGUGCUUCGGAUUUUGUUAAAGUGAAUAUAACUAACUCGAAAACGGAGAGCGUUGUUUUCGAGAAGAAGUUCCCGAAGGACAUAAGCGUUGCGGACCUGAAGAAUAAACUGGAAAUAUUGACCGGAGGAUGUGCCGCAACAAUGCAAGUAGAACUUUACAAUGGGGACAAUCUCGUUUGUAAACUAGACAACAAUGACGCAUUAGUAGGAUCGUUUCCAAUUGAAGAUGGAAUGCGCUUUCACGUUAUCGAUAAUUUCCAACUGUUCACUGAAACUGUUGAGAAAUUCGAUCUAACCGAAGAACAAUACAAUCAGAAAGAAGAUUCUCUUCGAAGUUUCUUAAAAAAGAAUAAACUGGGAAAAUAUAAUGAAGAAGAAAUGAAAAAGAUCGAAGAGAAAAGGCGCGAAGCUGCCGAAGAGGAAGCUCGUAAAGCGGCAGAGUGCAAAGUUGGCUUGAGAUGUCAGGUAACAACAAAGAAUCAACCCCGUAGGCGUGGUGUGAUCAUGUUCAACGGUGAAGUCGAGGGUAAAAAAGGAGUUCUCAUUGGGGUGAAAUUCGACGAACCACUUGGCGUUAAUGACGGAAGUUUGGAAGGAAAGCGUUACUUUGAAUGUGAACCGAAAUACGGCAGUUUUGUAACACCUGCAGCGGUUGAAGUGGGCGAUUUUCCUCCCGAAGAGACCGGGCUUGAAGAUGAAAUUUAAGAAUCUGCCUUUUUGUGGCAAAGUGAUUGAGAGAAGCAUUUGGAGAAACUACGUAUAACGUUACGUUUUAUCCGCAUAAUUAUCCCUAAAAUAUAUUGAUACGAUGUACUCGAUUGCUUUAACUUAGUUGGUAAUCAUUUGGCAAGUGUGUUUUUAUACUUAGCAAUUAAAUUAAAUAUUAUGAUUCACUUUACACAAA